GUACGAUUUGUGACAUUUGCAUUGAAUAACGGUGUAGUUCAGUAGCUGGUGGUUUUGACAGUUAAUAAUACAUGAAGUUCUAAAAAGGAGUAGUUGAUACCUCAUCAGAUUUUAUUUAUUAGUGUACACUUUUUUACAAGUAUAUUGUAAAUAGCGAAGCCAAUGCCAGGCGUAUUGCAAUGGUCGAAAACUGCUUUGGCGGUUCUGGCCAGCCACUUGCCGUACCUGGAAGAGUUUUGGUUGGCGAAGGUGUCUUGACAAAAAUGUGUAGAAAGAAACCAAAACCAAGACAAUUCUUUCUGUUUAAUGAUAUAUUGGUUUAUGGAAACAUUGUAAUCAACAAAAAAAAGUACAACAAACAACAUAUUAUUCCACUCGAAGAAGUGAAAUUGGAAUCUUUGGCUGAUGAUGGUCAAUAUCGCAAUGGUUGGCUUAUAAAGACAGUAACAAAAUCAUUCGCUGUUUAUGCUGCCACUGCAACAGAGAAACAAGAAUGGAUGGCUCAUAUCACAAAGUGUAUCGAAGAUUUAUUAAGAAAGAGUGGUAAAAAACCAGUUGAAAUUCAUGCAGCUGUUUGGGUACCAGAUAAUGAAGCCACAAUUUGUAUGCAUUGCAAUAAAACACAGUUUACAGUCUUAAAUAGACGGCACCAUUGUAGACAAUGCGGAGCUGUAGUAUGUGGGCCUUGCAGCAAUAAAAAAUUAUUAUUGCCAGGGCAGGGAAAUGGAAAAGCAGUUAGAGUUUGUUUGCAAUGCUUCGAUGCAGCUAGUAAAGUAAAAGCAUCUUCUCCAACAACUGAUAGCUUGAAUAACAAAUAUCAGCAACGUAAUUCUGCUGACAGUUCAGGAGGGGAUAGUUCCGGUGAUGAUGACGAUGGAAAUAAGGAAGAAAAUCACGACGAGCCUAAAUUUUACUCUACGCUUGCUCGAUGAAGUUAACCAGAUUAUUAUUAAAGCAGAGAUACCUACAAACAAAAACAUUAUUCAAAGCUAUAUUUUUAAAAAUGAAUAACCCAAGAUUCUCAAUGAUUCAAACUUUUAAUAAUUGAAGAUCGUUAAAACUAUUCUUAAAUUAUAUUUGUGCAAAGAACUACGGAACGAACGUCUGUGUAUAAAUAAUUAAAAUGAUUUUGAGAGUUAGUUUAAAUUGUAAAUCUAAUUUAUAUAAAUAAUUUGAAAAUAUAUUUGACUUUCAAUGUUAGUUAAACUAUUGUAAUAUUUACACAGACAGUAAAAAAAAGACUACUAUUUUUAAACUCUUUAUAUAUAGUAAGAUUAUGAAAAUUUUGACCAUUUAUACUUGUAUCUUGUUAUAUUGUAAUAUUUCAAUAUUUACCAUAAUUAGAUUCUAAUUUUUCUUGUUAGAAUAUUGUACGAAUAUAUGCCACACUGUGCCUUUCCAUCUAGACCGUUUGAUUCCUUUUACUAUUUAUAAACAAUUGAUACGGAUCUAACAUAAUUUCUGAAAAAAAUAUUAUGUAACGAAUUUGUAUUCAUAUAGAAUUGAAUUUCUCAUAGCGAAUUGUAUUAUAAGAUUAAUUGAAAUCAUUUUAAAAUGCGGAUAUUGUAAUAAAUGAAAUAUAAUAAUAAACAGUACAAUAUU